UCAGGAACCCCGAGGGCAGGAUCAGGCUGUACUGUAAAGGUGCCGACACGCUCCUGUUUGAGAGACUGCACCCCUGCAACCAGGACCUCAUGAACAUCACCACUGACCACCUCAAUGAGUACGCGGGGGAUGGCUUGCGUACGUUGCUCCUGGCCUAUAAGGACCUAGAGGAGAGUGAGUACGAGGCCUGGUCCGAGCGGCUGCAGAGAGCCAGCAAGGCUGUGGACUGUCGGGAGGAGAGGCUGGCAGCCGUGUACGAGGAGAUAGAGCAGGACAUGAUGCUGCUGGGCGCCACGGCAAUCGAAGACAAGCUGCAGGAGGGGGUGCCGGAGACCAUCGCAAUCCUGACGCUGGCCAACAUCAAGAUCUGGGUGCUGACCGGAGACAAGCAGGAGACUGCUGUGAAUAUUGGAUACUCGUGUAAGAUGCUGACUGAUGACAUGACGGAGGUAUUCUUUGUGACGGGACGCACCGUGCACGAGGUUCGAGAAGAACUGAGGAAAGCCAGAGAGAAGAUGAUGGACUCGACUCGCACUCUGGGGAACGGCUUCCCCUACCAGCAGGAGAAGCUGGACCCCCCCAAAGGGAGCUCCGUGCUGGAGGCCAUACCCGGGGAGUACGCCCUCAUCAUCAACGGACACAGCCUGGCCCACGCGCUGGAGGCUGACAUGGAGCUGGAGUUCCUGGAGACAGCCUGUGCCUGCAAGGCUGUGAUCUGCUGCCGGGUCACCCCCCUGCAGAAAGCACAGGUGGUGGAGCUGGUGAAGAAAUACAAGAGGGCCGUGACCCUCGCCAUCGGGGACGGAGCCAACGACGUGAGCAUGAUCAAGACGGCUCACAUUGGGGUGGGUAUCAGUGGUCAGGAGGGGAUCCAGGCAGUGCUGGCCUCAGAUUACACCUUCUCCCAGUUCAAGUCCCUGCAGCGCCUCCUGCUGGUGCACGGCCGCUGGUCCUACCUGCGCAUGUGCAAGUUCCUCUGCUAUUUUUUCUACAAGAACUUCGCCUUCACCAUGGUGCACUUCUGGUUUGGCUUCUUCUGCGGGUUCUCUGCGCAGACUGUCUAUGAUCAGUACUUCAUCACACUCUAUAACAUUGUGUACACGUCGCUGCCAGUCCUGGCCAUGGGGAUUUUUGACCAGGACGUCCCGGAGCAGCGCAGUCUGGAGUACCCCAAGCUGUACGAGCCGGGGCAGCUGAACCUCCUUUUCAACAAGCGUGAGUUCUUCAUCUGCAUCGCGCAGGGCAUCUACACCUCCGUGGUGCUGUUCUUCGUGUCGUACGGGGUCUUCGCCGACGACGUCACGCAGCUCGCCGACUACCAGUCCUUCGCCGUCACCGUGGCAACCUCGCUGGUCAUCGUGGUCAGCGUGCAGAUUGCUCUGGACACAGGCUACUGGACGGCGAUCAAUCACUUCUUCAUUUGGGGCAGCGUGGCGAUGUACUUCGCCAUCAUGUUUGCCAUGCACAGCGACGGGCUCUUCAACAUCUUCCCCAAUCAGUUCACAUUCGUGGGUAACGCUCAGAACACUCUUGCUCAGCCCGCGGUGUGGUUCACGAUCCUGCUCUCCACUGUGGUGUGCAUCGUGCCUGUGGUGACUUUCCGCUUCCUCAAGCUGGACCUGAAGCCGCAGCUCUCAGACACGGUUCGCUACACCCAGCUGGUUCGGAAGAAGCAGAAGCCCCAGGGCCGCCGGCUGCGCAUCGUGGGGCGCACGGGCUCCCGCAGGACGGGGUACGCCUUCUCACACCAGGAGGGCUUCGGGGAGCUCAUCACCUCAGGGAAGAACAUGAGGCUGAGCUCCCUGGCGCUGUCCAGCUUCACUGGCCGCAGCAGCGCCAGCUGGAUCGACACUCUGAGGAAGAAGAGAGGGACAGAGAGCCCCGCAGCACAGGUCUCAGCCGGUGCGUCCCCUCAAGGAGCCGAAGCCUCACAGGUCUCUGGCGGAGUGCCGCUCGAAGCCCCGGAGACAGGAGCGACAGGACCAGCAGGGGGGGCCAGCGCCCCGGGACCAGCCUCCAUUACAGAGGAGUGCGCAGUCAAAGAAUGAACCAAAUCUACAGGAGAGAGAGAGAGAGAGAGAGGGUUCUGAACAGUGCGUGAAAAUACAACAGACUAACGAACUAACAUGCGUGCGCGUGUGUGUGUAUAUACAUAUGUAUAUGUGUGUAUAUAAGUAUAUCUCCUAUGUGAGUCUGUACAGUGCUCACGCCUUAUAAGGAGGCACGUUUAUACCGUGGAACGGGUUAGAAGGCGGUGAGAUCGUGGCUCUCAAUGGCUCUACACAAAGCACUUUGUAUUCUCUUUAUAAGGAGGAACAGAAUUGCGUGGAUCUCUCUCUUAACUACACUGUGGCUCCCGACGUACAGCGUUAACGUGAGCACUGUAUGUAUUGAUAUAUAUAUAUAUAGAUAUAAAAUGUGUGUGUGUAUAUGUAUGUGUAUAUAUA